UUCUUCUAUUGAGCGCCAAAACACACAUAAACUACCCCCUCUCCCUGUAUUUUCUCUCUGCGUUAACUCUGAAAUCACUCACUCGCUCGCUCAAAAUCAGUCACUCACUCGCUCGCUCGCUCACUCAGUCACUCACUCGCUCGCUCGCUCACUCAGUCACUCACUGUUGUGCAAUGGCAACUGAACAGCCAAAAGAAGAAGAUACUGCAGAAGCAAAUGAUAGUAUUGAUUUGGAUGUCCAGUUGAUGGAUACAAACGUGAGAUCUCCAAUUGAUGGAGAAAACGUAAGGACGGUAGAUAAACAUAUGGUCUCCGGCGAUAAUUACGACCAGAGCAUUGAUUUGAAUGUCCGGUCAAUGGAUACAAACGUGGGAUAUCCAGUUAAUGGAGAAAGCGUAAGGACGGCCAGCGACUAUUGCAACCAGAGCAUUGAUUUGGAUGUCCUUCCCACGAUCAAUGCUUCCCCUGGCCAAAACUUUUCUGGAAGUUCCCGUAGUUCUAUUGCCAACUCUGUCCGUGGUUUUUCUGAUAUGCAAAACAUUCCUGAUGGAUUUUCGAGAGUAGGGGCGAAUGAGAGACGGCGCCAGGAUCAAAAUUUUGCUGCGUAUUAUAGUCCGAUCCCUUCGCGACAAACGGAUAGGCAAAGUAUUCCUACCCCGAGUAGGGGAAUGUUGGAACCUGUGAGGCAAAGGGCUGACUGUUCUCUAGAUAGGAAUGAUAAACGCAUUCAAUCUUUUCCAACCAGUUCUCCAAUGCCGAAUUUUAUAAACCGGUUUGGUGUACCUAAUGGUCCGCUCUUUCAGGAAAUCAGGCCUGGAAGAUAUCCAAAUGCAAAUUGUUACACAAAUUUUCAAGGUUUUCCAAAUAGUUCAUCAGUUCCAAUUCCGAACUUUAGAAACCAAGUUGGUGCACCUAAUGCUAGGAUUACUCAGAAUCUGCUAAUGGGGUUUCCAGAAUCGUCAUCUUCUUCUGCUACGAUCGCUCAACACCUACAAAAUACUCAGUUUCGAACUUUCAGGAACUUUUCACCCCAGCCUUCGGCCAUUUCUCCCUUCAUGGGGUUUACUAGAAACAGGCCCUUGCUGGAGCAAUCAGCAGCUCAGCAUAUUCAAGCUGAUACUUCUGCUGCUCAAGCUGCUCAAGUUGCUAAUAUUGGUCCACUUGGCAUGAAUAUUGGAGUUCGACCUGCAAGUAAUCAUGAUAUGUCUCGAGCCUUAUUUGACCCUUCUGCAAUUUUAUCUCGACCUGUUCAUACUAUUGAUCAAGAAAUGCCAGCAGUAAAUUUGCCUACACUGCCUCUCGGAUUUUCUCCCGGACCAUCUCUUAGAAGCAAUGCAACCACUCACUCGUCUAAUACUCGAAAAGUUCAAUUAUCAAAAUCAAGAUUCAUUAGACCUUCCGGUCAUCCGUCUUCUUUAAGACCACAAAUGUUCAACAUUCCUCGCAGUUUACCAUCCCCCUCUGUAAAUUGGCCACCCGAUAGUUUAUUGGAAGUUAUAAAAGCGGAUUAUGUUGAACCAAUGGGAUUGAACUGUUACAUAUGCAAGAGGGAUCUGUCAUUUUCACCGGAAGGAACCAUCGAGAACUCAGAGCUACGAACACCUACCGCUGUGUUGCCUUGCGGUCACCACUUUCAUGGUUCUUGCUUGGAGAAAAUCACUCCUGAAGCUCAAGCUCAUGAUCCUCCGUGUAUAGCUUGUGUCAUGGACCACAAGGACUAGCUAGCUCUCAUCAUGGUCAAUCAAUUUCUCACAUGUUUUUGCUUUUUUGAAUAUUGAUAGACUUAGUCAGGAGGAUACAUAUAGAAUGGUGAAAUGAAAUAAUAGAAGAAUGACUCAAUAUUGUAUAAUCUAGCAACUGUAUAUACUUUAUAGUAUAUAUCAUAGCAUUUAAACCUGAAAAACCUGGUUAAGUGAAAUUUUGAUUUGUAUAUCAACAGGCUAAGCAUGUACAAAUUAAGCUUUUGUUAUUCAAUUAUGGGAUUUGUCGUCCUUUUCGUUG